AACAUUUUGAUAUAUAAUAAGAAAAAUCAACAUCAUAACCCCAUUUUUGUAGCAGCAUCGUUUCACCUUUAAAGUCAGAAUAUUAGUUUCUUAAGGUAUCAUCAGUUCUGUGUACAUAAAAGUGGUCAGGAAAUGCUGAAUUACGAUAUUUUAAUUCUUGACUGGUAGCCGGUUUUGGCUGGAUUUUGGGUUAUUGGUUUUGAUAUCAGAAGCUGAAGGGAAUACCUUGAAAGUUGAAAGUAGAUUUAUGCUUGAAUGGCUUGUUCCAGUGGAAGGUGGAUUGAACCUCUUCAGUUUUCUUCAUUGUUCUGGCCUCCCCCACAUGAUGAUCUACAAAGAAAGGAUCAAAUUGCUGUGUAUGUUGAGUACUUUGGACAAUUUACAUCAGAAGAAUUUCCUGAUGAUAUUGCCGAGUUGAUCCACAACCAUUAUCCAUCAAAAGAAAGGCUCCUUUUUGAUGAUGUUUUGGCGGUAUUUGUUCUUCAUCAUCCCGAGCAUGGGCAUGCAGUUCUACUUCCAAUUAUUUCAUGCAUUAUUGGUGGUAUGCUAGUCUAUGAUAAGACAAGUCCUCCAUUUGCUUCUUUCGUAUCUCUAGUCUGCCCAAAAAGUGAGAAUGAAUACUCAGAACAAUGGGCUUUGGCAUGUGGUGAAAUUUUGCGUAUUUUAACUCAUUACAAUCGACCUGUAUACAAAGCGGUGAGACAAUAUAGUGAAACAGAAACAAGCAAUGGAGGAAGCCAUGCCACAAGUGGUUCCGUAGAUGGGGAGUCUGGCCAUAAUUCUUUGAUGCAGCACGAGAAGAAACCUAUAAGGCCCUUGUCCCCUUGGAUUACUGAUAUAUUGCUGGCUGCACCUUUAGGCAUUAAAAGUGACUAUUUUCGGUGGUGCAGUGGUGUUAUGGGUAAAUAUACUACGGGAGAACUCAAGCCACUUACAACUGCUUCUUCCCGUGUUUCUGGGAAGCGUCCUCAGGUCAUGCCUUCAACUCCAAGAUGGGCAGUUGCCAAUGGUGCUGGUGUUAUAUUAAGUGUUUGUGAUGAUGAAGUUGCUCGCUAUGAGACUGCUACAUUAACAGCAGUUGCUGUCCCUGCACUUCUACUUCCUCCUCCAGCAACAGCUUUGGAUGAGCAUCUUGUUGCUGGAUUACCAGCUCUAGAACCAUAUGCACGUUUAUUUCAUAGAUAUUAUGCCAUUGCUACUCCAAGUGCCACACAAAGACUUCUUCUUGGGCUUUUAGAAGCACCUCCAUCAUGGGCUCCAGAUGCACUUGAUGCUGCUGUGCAGCUUGUAGAGCUUCUUCAAGCUGCGGAAGAUUAUGCUUCUGGAAUAAGGCUUCCUAGAAAUUGGAUGCAUUUUCAUUUCUUGCGUGCCAUAGGGACCGCAAUGUCCAUGAGAGCUGGUGUAGCCGCUGAUGCAGCAGCUGCUUUGCUUUUCCGUAUACUUUCACAGCCUGCAUUACUUUUUCCACCGCUUAGGCAAGUUGAUGGAGUUGAAGUUCAACAUGAACCUUUGGGUGGUUUUAUUUCUUCUUUUAGAAAGCAGAUUGAAGCUCCUGCAGCUGAAGCCACUAUUGAGGCUACAGCCCAAGGCAUUGCAUCAAUGCUUUGUUCCCAUGGUCCAGAGGUUGAAUGGAGAAUUUGCACCAUUUGGGAAGCUGCUUAUGGCCUUAUUCCGUUAAAUUCCUCAGCUGUUGAACUUCCAGAGAUUGUAGUUGCAACACCAUUGCAACCUCCCAUACUCUCAUGGAAUUUGUACAUACCCCUACUCAAGGUUCUUGAAUAUCUUCCUCGUGGAAGUCCAUCAGAAGCAUGUCUCAUGAAAAUAUUUGUUUCUACAGUGGAAGCUAUACUUCAGAGGACAUUCCCAACUGAGUCCACUAGUGACCAAAACAGAAAAAUAAGAUACCUCUAUCGCAAGGGAUCUGCCUCCAAAAACCUUGCUGUGGCAGAAUUUCGUAUUAUGGUUCAUUCACUUUUCUUAGAAUCAUGUGCUUCUAUAGAGCUUGCUUCACGCCUACUAUUUGUUGUCUUAACUGUUUGUGUUAGUCAUGAAGCUCAAUUCAAUGGAAGCAAGAAGCCAAGAGGUGAAGAUAAUUAUUCAGCUGAGGAAAUUAUUAAGGACUUACAAGCAAUAUCUGAAAGCCAGAAAAAAACAAAAAAUAAGAAAAUGAAGAAGCAAGGUCCUGUAGCAGCAUUUGAUUCUUUUGUUCUGGCUGCUGUUUGUGCUCUUGCCUGUGAGCUUCAGCUGUUCCCUCUAGUUUCACAGGGGAACAAUAACUCAGUCUCCGGUAAUGUACAACAUAUAGCCAAGCCUGUCAAAAUUCACGGAUAUUCCCAUGAGUUGCAGAAUGGCAUAGAUUCAGCAAUACGACAUACUCAAAGAAUUUUAGCAAUUUUAGAGGCACUAUUUUCAUUGAAGCCAUCUUCUCUUGGUACCCCAUGGAGUUACAGCUCAAAUGAAAUAGUUGCUGCAGCUAUGGUUGCUGCACAUAUUUCUGAACUAUUUAGACGGUCAAAAGCAUGCAUGCAUGCCCUUUCUGUUUUGAUGUGUUGCAAAUGGGACAAUGAAAUUCACUCUAGGGCAUCAUCAUUGUACAAUCUCAUAGAUAUUCAUAGCAAAGCUGUUGCAUCCAUCGUUAACAAGGCAGAGCCAUUGGGAGCAACCUUUAUUCAUACACCUAUUUGUAAAGGACAAAAUCAGUGUGAAAGUAGUAGGCACUUUGACACUGAGCUGACAUCUAUCUCGCCUUCUGAGGAUUCAGCCUCCGCAGAACUUAAUCCCAAACCUGAGAAAACAUCAUAUUCAAAUGAAGCGUUAGGAUGUACCUUAAGAAAAGGUGUCACAGGUUUCUCAUUGGAUGCUUCUGAUCUAGCCACCUUCCUCACAAUGGACAGGCAUAUAGGAUUCAAUUGCAGUGGCCAAAAUUUUCUUAGAUCCACGCUGGUAGAAAAACAAGAGUUAUGUUUCUCUGUAGUAUCACUACUAUGGCACAAGUUAAUUGCAUCUCCUGAGACUCAACCUUGUGCAGAAAGCACUUCUGCUCAACAGGGAUGGAGACAGGUUGUUGAUGCAUUAUGCAAUGUGGUAUCAGCUUCACCAACCAAAGGAGCUACAGCAGUUGUUCUUCAGGCCAAGAGAGAGUUGCAACCAUGGACUGCCAAAGAUGAUGAUCUGGGGCAGAAAAUGUGGACAACCAAUCAGCGGAUUGUAAAAUUGAUAGUUGAACUAAUGAGGAAUCAUGAUAGUUUUGAAUCAUUGAUAAUCGUGGCAAGUGCAUUAGAUUUACUACUACGUGCCACAGAUGGGAUGUUGGUGGAUGGAGAGGCUUGCACUUUACCACAGCUGAAGUUGUUGGAAGCAACGGCUAGAGCAGUUCAUAAAGUGCUUCAGUUGGGAGAAUCUGGAAUUGCAGUGGCAGAUGGCCUUUCAAACCUCUUAAAGUGUCGCUUAGCAGCUACAAUCAGAUGCCUUUCUCAUCCAAGUGCCCAUGUCCGUGCUCUGAGCAUGUCAGUUCUUCGUGACAUUUUGCAUAUCGGUUCAAUUAGACCAAGUCCUAAUCCACCGCGAAAAAAUGUUAUCCAUAAUCAAGACUUCAAUUUGGAUGUCAUCGAAUGGCAAGCUGACAUAGAAAAGUGCUUGACAUGGGAAGCUCACAACCGAAUUUCAAAUGGAUUGUCUAUUGAAUUUCUUGACACUGCUGCGAAGGAAAUAGGGUGUACUAUUUCUAUACGAAUUGAAACAAAACCAUGUGAAACCAUCUUAGUCUAUGAUAUGUAAACCUUCUCAUUCUAUUAUGUUACAAAGACAGUUGUUAUUCCAGCACUCUUGUGGCUGAACAUGACUUCAUGUGCAGUAGAGUAAGACUGGAAAGCUCAUUUUGUAUUAUGCUUAUGGGGUUGUA